CAUGCAGCGCUUAUCAUGCAAUGAUAAACAGAUUAAAAGCAAGCAGCAAAGAAUUCGGAAGGCUACAAUGCAAUGGCUGGAAAAUAAUUACGAAAUACAAACCGGUUCUUGCUUGGCUAGGUCAACGAUUUACAAACACUACUUAUUUUUUUGUAAACAGAAGAGUGUCAUUCCAUUUUGUGCUGCAACUCUUGGUAAAAUAGUUAGAAUGAAAUUUCCUGAAUUGUCAACAAGACGACUUGGAACAAGGGGACAUUCAAAAUAUCAUUACUUUGGUUUAGCAAUUAGGCCAAACAGCAUCCACUAUAGGCCAAAUUCAACAGAGUGUGAAGGCGUUACGAGAUUUUCGAAUCCAACUCACGUAUAUAGUGAGAAUCAGGAGUAUAGUUUACAAAAUCAUAGUGGGAUCAGCGCGCCCAAUCUGUGCUUCGGUUUCAAUCGACAGCUAUCUGUUGCGACGGCUUCUUUCCUUUCAUCCUAUCAACAACAUCAACAACGUUUAUUGAACUUAUUAACAAAACACGAGAAUAUAGACAAGAUUUUUCAAGAAAUUCAUUAUUUCUGGAAGACGAUUUCAAUGCGAACUGAUAAAUCAAAUCGUUGUAUUGUUUUACAAUGCGAUGUUUUAUUUUACAAACUUUUAUCCGAAAUUCUUAUACCUAGUGAUUUACCAGUAUUGAAAGACAGUUUAGUCGAUUACGUUAAAACGUUUUUAUUUAAUUGGCCUAUAUUCAUAGAAAGGUCUAUGACUGGAGAUAUAAAAGACGAUAGGCUAAAUCUGGCUCGAAGAUUUUGUUCAAAGGUUCAUCGACAUUUAGUUUUUGCUUCAUUCGUUCAAAAAAGUCGUUCCAUAUUAUUCGAUGGCGAUCAAGUAAGGAAUGUCUUAAACGAUUUGGAGAACGCUAUUUCCUGCUUGACUAAAGAAUAUCACUUUUUAGAGAGUAGUUAUACAGUAUUAAGCAUUAAAGUUCUAGAUGAAUUUGCUGAUACAAUUCGCAAAACGGCAACUAUUCAAGGAUUUAUAGAUUGUGUUGAUGCUAUUCUGGUACAGAAUGUCAUGAUAAUUCACCAUACGGAUCAAUUAGAAUUGGGUAAGCAAUUGGCAUUGGAAUGGAAUUGGAUAGGCGAAAUACUAACGUUGUGGAACAUGUGUUCCGAAUAUUUAAGAUUAGCUUUGUUGGAACAUAAAGAAAAUUUAGAAGAUUAUCAAUUACAGGAAUCUUUAGAAAAUCAUCUUCAAGUUCAAUUUGAUUCGAAACAUCAGAACUACGGAAAUAUCUCUAAUCAAUAUAAUUAUUAUAAUUGA